AGAUAGUCGCGAAUCUCUGAAUCAAGAACGGUCUCGUAGCCGCAAUACGCAGCAAAUUCUCCGAGUCGCUCUAAUAUCGUUUACGUUUCGGACUUCAGAGUUCGCUUGAAAGUGUGUUCUAAGCUUCGAAGCAGUAGAGACGAAGAACAAAGAUUGUAGCUCCUAGAACAAUUCGCGCCGAUUUCCAGAAGAGAGAUGCAGAGAUUCAAGGCUCUGGAAGCAGUGAGGAGAUCUUCAUUUCAUCGUCUGUGUUAUUUUUCUAACCUUAGGAGAGGCUUCUCUGCUCUACCAAGCUAUGUUCAAACUGAUGAUCUUUCAGACCAGGUUCUAGUGGAAGGAAGACCGAAAUCAAGAGCAGCUAUCCUCAACAGACCAUCGGCGCUUAAUGCUCUCACUACUUCCAUGGUAGCUCGGCUGAACAGGCUUUAUGAGUCGUGGGAGGAAAAUUCCAAUAUCGGAUUUGUCUUGAUGAAGGGUAGUGGCAGGGCUUUUUGUUCCGGUGCAGACGUUGUUAACCUUUACCAUCUAUCGAAUGAAGGGAAUGUUGAAGACUGCAAGAAGUUCUUUGAGACAUUAUACAAAUUUGUGUAUCUUCAAGGAACUUACUUGAAGCCACAUGUGGCUUUGUUGGAUGGUAUCAUGAUGGGAGGUGGGGCUGGGAUUUCUCUUCCAGGAAUGUUCAAAGUGGUGACUGAUAAAACUGUUUUCUCUCAUCCUGAGGUUCGAAUGGGUUUCCAUCCUGAUGCUGGAGCUUCCUUUUAUCUUUCUCGUCUUCCUGGCUACUUAGGGGAGUACUUGGCUCUUACAGGUGAUAAACUCAAUGGGGUGGAAAUGCUUGUCUGUGGCCUUGCUACACACUAUUCGCUAAAUGCACGACUUGGUGGGAUUGAAGAACGCCUCGGUAAAAUGAUAACAGAUGACCCUUCUGUCAUAGAAUCAUCUCUUGCCGCAUAUGGUGAUCUUGUCUAUCCUGAUAGAAGGAGUGUUCUUUCCAAGCUUGACGCAAUUGAUAGGUGCUUUUGCCACGACACGGUUGAGGAAAUUAUGGAAGCCUUGGAAAAAGAGGCUGCAGAAUCUUAUGAUGAAUGGUAUUCUACAACCCUGAAGUUACUUAGAGAAGCCUCGCCAUUGAGCCUGAAAGUUACUUUAAGAUCUAUACGCGAAGGUAGGUUUCAAAGUCUCGACCAAUGCCUUGCUCGUGAAUACAGGAUAUCCAUCAACGCAAUUUUAAAGCGAGCAUCUCCCGACUUCUACGAGGGUGCUCGAGCACGGCUGGUGGAUAAAGACUUCGCACCUCAGUGGAAUCCUCCCAGUGUAGAUGAUGUGAGUAAAGACAUGGUAGAAUCCUACUUUUCACGGCCAGGUGAAUUUGAGCCUGAAUUAGAUCUGCCCACCGCUUUGCGGGAACCAUUCAUUUGAGGUUGAAAAGUUCCACAAAUCACAGUAAAAAAAGGGCAAAAAAAAUAUACCCGGCGCCUCAGGUGGGUAAAUUAUUCUCUCCACUCAUGUAAUGUUAUUUCAGACAGUCAAUGUCUCCUGUUUAUCCGGAGAAUUUCAUCUAUUUUUUUUUUGACUGACCAUUUUUGGUGUUUUCUUCUCCCAUCUAAUGUAUUAGGGUUUUCAUGGAAUUUUUUGAGCAUUUCUUCCUAAUCCAUAGCCGCCUUCCCUUCCCUGGCGCAUGCCCCAAUCUGUAUAAUAGAACUAUUUUUGAUGUUAUAGUGCUGGAAAAUGAUCCUUUGAUUUGAUGUUAAAAAUAAUCUCACAGAUGUCCAACGUGCAA